UAUCUUUGGUCGCCGGGCGACCUAGCGUAUACGAAAUGGGUGGGUCGUGUAGAGGGGCGGUCGCCAAGAAAGCAGCACGUACGUUACGUGUUGGGAAGCGCUACACGAGUCUACAAACCGUAUGGGCGGCAGACGGUCUAGGCGGAGGGAGGAGGAAAUGAUUUGGUUACAGUCGUGACUGUGCUCGUCUCUCUAGACUCAGUGCUGCUCCUCUGUCACGACGUGUCCCUUACGACGGCCAAUGAAAUCGCUAUACUUCCUCUUUGUGUGUUCUUAUGUGUUUGGUGUUCUUGAGGUUACCACAUUAAACGAUCAAGAGAAGUGAAUGCAACAGGAGGAGUUCUCCCACGAUGAUGGAAUCUUGAGGCAUUUCAGAGAGAGCACUCCAAGAGCCUAUAAGAAUGUAUUCCAGUGGAACAUCACGGCCAAGUGACUGGGCGUGUGGGGGUUGUGGCUAUGAGAAUUUUGCUUCGAGGCGGAACUGCAGACAGUGUAACAUUCCGAAAGAUGAUAAUGCUGCAGAAGUGCCUUCUCGUAAUAGAGAUGUUGAUGGCACAGGUAAGAGGAAAAGUGACAGAUUUUCAACCGGCCAAGGCCCCAGAAGGAGACGUGAGCACCCUAUAGGUUACAAAGCUUUAGAAGCGUUAUUAGACGAGCCUCCUGACCAAGUAGUCUUGCAGUUGUUAAUGGAGAAAUCUGGGUAUUUAUUGUUAGUGGAGGAUCCUUCAAAUACAAGUUUUGAUAAGAUGUGUCUAUUGAUGAAAGUGUUAGUACUAGCAACUAAUGCCAAAGCUAACAGAGAAAGCUUGAAUAUGUUACUGACAAAAACUUUCCAAGCUAAAUUUGUUAAUCAUUUGAUGACUUUUUCUAUAAAUUUGUUCAUUGAAAAUGUGCGUCCUAAUCAAAUGCUCAGUUAUUUUAGUGACUUGAGCAUUGUUUUGGACAAAUUUUCACAUACAAUGGCCAGCGUGGCUAUGAACAGGAUUUUUGUGCUUGUUGAAGGCUGCUUAAUGUCUAUGAAACUAAGAUCUCCCGAGCAGUGUAAAGAGCUUAUUUCAGUGUAUGAAGGGAUUAAGAAUUUUCUCGAAAAAGAAAAAAAGAAGUGGGAAAAUCAAGAACAGAGGAAUUCAACAAGUUACCGCAGGGGAUACCAUGACCAUCUUCAGCCACCAAAUGACUUUCGUGAAAUGCCAGUUAUGCCAACUUCUUCCGAGAUUAAUGAUCCAGAGAAGCCAUUUUUAAGAAGAAACAUUAUCCAAGGGCAAUAUGAUAAUAUAGAUCAUUAUCUUGAUGUGCAAUUCCGAUUACUACGGGAAGAUUUUGUACGACCUUUACGAAAGGGAAUUGUGGAACUGAAAACUAAUGUCAAAUCACAGAACAGAGAACUUUAUGUAUACAAAGAUGUGAGAAUUGUAGGUACUGAGGUAAAAAAUUUCAGUCUGAUUCAUAACAUACGACUGAAAUUACCAAAAUCAUUUAAAGCAGAAAAUUCAAAAAGACUCCUAUUUGGCAAUUUUGUUUGUUUCAGUAGUGACAACUUUAGGACUGUGCUAUUUGGGUCAGUUGCUGAAAGAAGUCCAGAAAUGCUAAAGAAAGGAAUUUUGGGAAUCAAAUUUGAUUCUGAGGUUAAGAAAAUUUCAUAUACAACUUUAACCAUGGUAGAAUCAAGGUCUUAUUUCAUAGCUUAUAAACAUGUUCUUACAGCCCUUCAGAAAAUAUCCGAAGAUACAUUUCCAAUGGAAGAGUUUAUUGUUCACGUGGAAACUGACAUGCCUCUCCCAGAGUAUCUUGACUACACCUCACACUAUGAUUUACAAUGUAUUCGUAGCAACAGUAUGAUGAAAGCCUCAGAGCUUCAUAAUGCCCUUUUUAACCUGAGGAAUGCACCCGCUGGAGAGUAUGUGAAUGUUCCUGUAUUGCGUCAAGUCCGCAUUACUGAAGACAUAACAUUUUGGCCAUCAUGUGAAAAUUUGAACCUUGACCAUUCUCAGAGAAGGGCACUACGAAGUGCCCUCACUAGCAAACUUGCUAUUAUACAAGGACCUCCGGGCACAGGGAAAACAUUUCUGGGACUUAAAAUUGCUCAGAUUCUUCUUAACAAUAGUCACUAUUGGAAAGGGGAGGGUGAGAAAUUCCCUAUAUUGGUGGUUUGUUAUACUAACCAUGCUCUUGACCAGUUUUUAGAGGGAAUGGCUCAAUUCACCAAGAGCCUUGUUAGGGUUGGAUCAAGAACCAAGAGUGCCCUCAUUCAGCCUUACCAAAUCAAUUCACUUCUUAAGGAUCUACGUUCACAGCGUACAGUGCCACAAGAAAUUCACCAAAAUAGAAUUGACAUCAUGCAAAAGCUGCAACAAUUGCAGGCUGACAUUGCACCAUGGAAAGUAAUGGUCGGUCAGCUCUGCGACCCAGUAGGAAUUCUGAAACUAAACAGCUUUCUUGGUGAAAAAAUUAUUCCUGAUGAUAUUGUAAGAGUACUGCAGAGAUAUACAUGGACUUUGGAAACUUUCCUGUUGGAUUCUUCAUUUUCGAAAGAUAUUGUAGGAAAAGUUGAUGAAAGUCCUCUCCAUAGAAUUAAUAGCCGUUUGUAUGGCAUGAGUUUGCAAGAUGAUGAUGAUGAUGACUAUUGGCAAGAUGCAGAAGACUAUUUUGCUGAGGAGGAAGAAACAAGAAGACUGGAUGAAGAUUUUGAAGACACUGACAGUUUCAUUGGACAGCCUAGAGACAUCAUGAAAUACAGCAUAACUCUUGAAAUGCUGGAGAAAGAGUUGGAGACACUUGCUAAUAAAAAAAAGAAAGCCAAUGUAGGUCAGGUGAUGCAGUUAGAAAAGAAAAUGGAAGAAAUCGAAAAUAAAUGGAAAUUACUGUAUUAUGGAUUGAACCUUCCUCUAGAUAUUGAGAAAGCUCAAGCCUUGGAAAGGCGCAACAUAACGUUCUUGAAAAUGGAUGAUCGAUGGAUGUUGUAUAAACUUUGGCUUCACAGACUGACAGAAAAAGCACUUCCAAACCUUCGGGAAAUGGAAGAAGAAUUUGAACAAACUUCUGCAGCCUUUAAUGAAAUUAAAGAUAACCAAUUCCUGCACAUCAUGAGACAUGCAGCUGUUGUUGGAAUGACUACAACUGGCGCAGCCCAGUACAGCAAUAUAUUACAGGCCCUGGCACCAGCUGUGGUUAUCAUCGAAGAAGCUGCAGAGAUCUUGGAGGCGCAUGUAGUCACCUCACUGACCGGCGAGUGCAAGCAUCUGAUUAUGAUAGGAGACCACCAGCAAUUGCAACCAAGUGCUACUGUCUAUGAAUUAGCAAAAGAAUAUGGUUUAGAAACAUCACUCUUUGAAAGACUAAUCAAGAAUGGUCUGGCGUAUGAAACUUUAGAAUACCAACAUCGCAUGAGACCGAGUAUAUCACGACUAUUGGUUCCAUCCAUCUACCCUGAACUGAAGGACCACGAAUCUGUUGAACUUCAUCCACACGUGCGAGGGAUGCAGAGGGAUGUUUUUUUCAUAGCUCACAAACAUCUUGAGAAAAAGGGUGAAGAUGAGAAUAACAGCAAAGAAAACGCGCAUGAAGCCAAUUUCAUUAUGGCUUUGUGCCGUCACCUGAGGCUGCAAGGUUAUUCCAGUGAAGACAUCACGAUUCUCACUCCAUACACUGGGCAAUUAUUCCUCCUUAAAAAGGUCCAGAGGAAAUUUGAAGAAUGUCAAGGGGUGAGAAUAUGCGUUGUUGAUAAUUUCCAAGGUGAGGAAAAUAAAAUAAUCCUCUUGUCUCUCGUGCGCAGUAAUGAAGGAGGCGUCGUUGGUUUUCUGAAAAAGGAAAACCGCAUAUGUGUUGCACUCUCCCGUGCCAAGCAUGGCCUUUAUGUUAUAGGUAAUAUGAAGCAGCUUCAGGACUCCAGUGAUCUUUGGAAGCAAAUCUUCAAAGAUUUGAAUGAUGAUAAUUCCAUUGGAAGUUCUAUUGUUCUUCAGUGUGAAAAUCAUGAUGUUUUGAGCCGGGUAGCGACAGACGGAGAUUUUCUUCAGAAUAGCCCUGAGGGAGGAUGCACAAGACCUUGCUCUUUUUCACUUCCAGUCUGUGGUCACAAAUGUCCAAAAGUAUGCCAUAUGACUGACCUCAAACACAAAGAUGUUAAAUGCCCAUUACCUUGUCCCAAGAUCUUAUGUGAACGUAAACAUCGCUGUCCCAGAAAAUGUUGGGAAGAAUGUAGGCCUUGUGUUGAAAAAGUACCAAAGGAAUUUCCUUGUGGCCAUGUUCAUAAUGUAGAGUGCAGCCGUUAUAAUUUGCGUUACAGGUGUCCUACUACUGUUGAAAGAAUCUUACCUCAUUGUGAACAUACUGCUAAAAUGAAGUGCUAUGAAGAUCCAAAGACAUUUCCAUGUCCUGUACCCUGUGAUAUUAGACCUCCAUGUGGUCACAAAUGUACAAGAGAAUGUCAUGUGAAUGACGAUCCUAAGCAUCUUACAUAUAAGUGUGAACAGCCUUGCCCUAGAUCACCUGAAGGCUGUUUACAUGAUCAUAAAUGUAUGAAAGCAUGUUAUGAAAACUGUGGGCCUUGCUUUUUCCCAGUUAAAAAGAAAGCACUAUGUGGCCACGUGCACUCUGUUGAGUGCCAUACUCCAAGGGAAGACAUCAUUUGCAACCAGAAAUGUAAACGUUUGCUGCCGUGCAAUCAUUAUUGCCCAAGAAAAUGCAAGGAGCUGUGUGGUGGAUGCACAGUUACUGUGAAGAAGAAAAUUCAGGAAUGCCAGCAUGAAAUUGAGGUGGAGUGUGGUCAACCUGCAUUAAGGGACGACUGUGAAAACAAGUGCAUUAAACUUUUACCAUGUGGGCAUAAGUGUCAGGCUAGAUGCAAAGAUCCCUGUACUGCUAAUUGUAAAGUUCAAUUAACAAGUGCCAACAAGUGCCCCAAAGGUCAUAUCAUCAACGUGCCAUGUUAUAACUAUCGUACAGUGAGAGGUGAGGCUGCCUGGAUCUACUGUACCAAGCCAUGUGGUGCUGAGCUUGCAUGUGGUCACAUUUGCAAAGGGAUGUGCGGCAGUUGUCUACAUGGUCGGCUUCAUGAAACUUGUAGUGAAAAAUGUGAAAAGCCACUGGUCUGUGGUCACAUCUGCAAAAAGGCCUGCAGUAGUUCGUGCCCUCCUUGCCAAGAACCCUGUCCUAUGAAAUGUGUACACAGUCGAUGUGCACAAAAGUGUGGUGAACCUUGCAGUCAUUGCCAAGAACGUUGUUCCAAUGGAUGUACUCAUAAGAAGUGUAAGGACCCCUGUUGGAAAAAAUGUGAGAAUCUAUGUGAGAAGCCAUGCCCUAAGAAGCUAAAAUGCGGUCAUAAAUGUGUGGGAUUCUGCGGUGACCCCUGCCCUCCUCUCUGUCGUACCUGCCAUAGAGAAGACUUAACAGAAAUAUUUUUUGGAAGUGAAGAUGAUGAUGAUGCAAGAUUUGUGCUGCUGGAAGACUGUGGGCAUGUCAUCGAAGCAGAGGGGUUGAAAGCAUGGUUGUCUCGGGAUGACGGAGAGAUUAGCAUGAAGUUUUGCCCUCGUUGUAAGAAGCCAGUGUACAAUAACAGACGAAAUCAAGAGGCAGUACUUGCAGCAUAUGAAAAUGUAAGACAGGUCAAAAAUCAGUACUUCAAGAAAAAACCAAGACAAGCAAUGAUGGACAUUCAGAAACUAUUGGAUGAAAUGGAAGGUCUGGAAGGAAAAGAUAUAGAGAAUAUAAGAAAAAGCCUUCCACAAGUACCAUUAUUUCAAGUUCAACAUAUAUAUAGCACUUUAAGUGAUGAUCAAAUCAGUUUGUACCGUUUCCAAGUACAGACACUCAAAAAAAUUGACUUAGUGCUCCAAAGUAACCCAAGCUGCCGAGACAAAUUGAAGGAUCAUUUAAAAGUCAUCAAGAAACGUGUUAUGAAACAAAGUCAUCACAUAUCUCCACAAAUGGUUGAUGAAUUGACGUGUGAGUUGCAGCGCAUGAGCAUUCUCUCAGCUUAUUGGGAGUUCAUCAAGAAAAGUGAAAUCUAUAAAAAUCCAAAACUGGUCAAAAUUCAAAUACAACUUGAACAACUAAUGAGUCCCACAGCCAAAUUUGAUGAAGAGAGAGAAGAGGAGGUUAGAAAGCUACUGCAGGAGAGUGAAAAGUAUAUCGGUGGAUUAGGCAUAUCCGAUGAAGAAAGAAUCAGUAUAUUGGAUGCAAUGGGACUCAAACAGGGCCAUUGGUACAAAUGUCCCAAUGGCCAUAUAUACUGCAUAACUGAGUGUGGAGGUGCCAUGGUAGAGGCAAACUGUCCAGAAUGUGGAGCAAGAAUUGGGGGAGGGAGUCACUCUCUCAGAUCUGAUAAUCAGGUUGCGACAGAAAUGGAUGGUGCAGAGCAUCCAGCCUGGUCGGAACAUUACAAUGACAUGGAGAACUUUAUUUUUGAUUGAUUUCACACUUAUGCCGGAUUAAAUUUGAAAAGCUUUCUUGGAACAAAUAAUGUUCACCUAUGAAGUUACUUUCUACUUGCUUUCCCUAUCAAAUAUUUAAAUAUAACAAAAUCUUUUAUUCUGUGACCAAGUAGUUUAAAAGCUUAAUAGAAUUUUGUAAGAAAUUACCUGAUCUUAGAUCCCUAUAUGGGAAAUUUUAAAAAACAUGAAAUAUAAGUAGCUUGUGAAGAUUUUUAAUUAUACUACUGGAUUGCUACCGGAUGACAUAUACAUGGUUAACCAUAACUGGAAUAUAAAUUUACAAAAUUAUGUACUACUGGAUUGCUACCAGAUGAUGUAUAGUACAUGGUUAACCAUAACUGGAAUAUGAAUUUACAAAAUUAUGUUACGUUAAUUAGUUUAUCUUUAUAAUAGUGGGAAGACUAAUGGGUUUUGGAUGUUUAUGUUUCAUCAGUUUUAAUGAUAAAAUUGUUGUCCCAUGUUAUUACACAUUUUUAGUUGUAGAUGGUUCACCUUAACUGGAAUAUAAAUUUAAAGUAUGCCUGAUAUGAGCAUUACUUCCUGGUUUAUCUUUGUUGACUUGUGGGGAAGACUGCUUUUGAACGUUAGCAUUGUCAAUAUAACAAUAAAGUUGGUGUCCCAUGUUUAUAAGCUAUUAGUAAUUUAGGUAAAAAUAUAUUUUAAUUUUUAAAAACGUUUUACGAUUUUAUAACUGAACGCGCCAGAUACUAUAUCACAGGAAUUGGGCAGCUUUGGGAAGGACGUUCCUUGCAAACUGUGAGAUGAAAUAAAGGCAGACAAAGA